ACAGAAAAAGAGAAACGAUAUUGUGUCCCCCAAACCCAAACACUCUGAUCAGCUCUCAGCCGCCGGCGCCCCAAGAGCUCUUCGGCAGGGCAAAAGGAUGAUGCCCCACGAUGCCCAGGAACACAGCGGCGAGGGCGACUCGGAAUGCGCCGACCUCCUCGAGAGUGAGCUCAACGUGAGCCUCAAGCCCCUGGUGGUCAAAGCAGGGCAGAAUGGCAACGUGUUCACCGCCAAGCGACGGCAGGAAGCAGGGGAUAGUUGGGCGACAGUUAAGCAGCCUCCCUCCCGAGCAUCUCCUCCAUCCUGGGCUCCCUGAUGGGCGGCUUCGUGAUGGACGCCAUAGGACCCCGGACGACCCUCGUGAUGACGGCGCUCCCCUGCCUCCUGUCGUGGUCCUUCGUCGCCUUCGCCAACAGCAUCGCCCUGAUCUACGUCGGAAGGUUCAUCACCGGCAUCUUCUUGGGGAUAUUCUCGCCCGUACCGCAGGUCUACGCCACGGAGAUCGCUGAGCCUCGCAUUCGGGGUCUUAUGGGCGCCUUUCCCGAAGCAGCUGUCGCCCUUGGCUCUCUCCUCUGCUACGGCUUCGGCUCGGCCAUGGACUGGCGUUGGCUCGCUGUUGCCUCCGCUCUCGUGCCCGGAAUCCCUCUCUUCAUCUCGAUGGUGAUCCUGCCGGAGUCUCCGCAGUGGCUGACGAAGAAGGGGAAGCUGGAGAAGGCCACCAUGUCCCUCGAGUACUUCCGGAGCGAGACCCACAACAUCAAGGCGGAGGUCGAAGCCAUCCACAGUAACAUCAUGGAAACGGCGGGGGCGGAGCUGUCCAUUUGGGAUCAGAUCGUCCUUUUCAAGAAGCCUCAAAAUUGGAAACCUGUUGUCAUCGUGUUUCUGGUCUUCAUGUGUGGUCAGUUCAGUGGCUUCGCUGUUGUCACUGCCUACACCGUGGACAUCUUCGACCAGGCUAAUACCAACAUUGAUCCCAACACUGCCACCAUUAUUGUUGGUUUCGUCAGGUUCAUGUCGACCCUCGUCAGCGCCGUUCUGCUUGACCGCGCCGGCCGGAAGCCCUUGCUCAUCAUCUCCGCUAUUGGGUCAAGUGUGGGCAUGACCUCUAUUGGCGUCUUCUUCUACCUCGACAUGGAGAAGUCCUCUGAGGGUCUGGGCUGGCUCCCUCUGGCGUCCCUGCUGAUCUACGUGUUCUUCAACGAGCUCGGCUACGGCCCCAUCCCCUGGCUCCUGUCCGGCGAGCUCAUUCCCCUGGCCGUCCGCACCAUCGGGAACGGCGUGGCUGUCACCGCCUACUCCUUAUUCGCCUUCAUCAUCGGCCUCACGUUCCCGCUGCUGACGGACCUCCUGAAGACCUACAUCGUCUUCUGGAUGUACGCCGUGUUCAGCCUGUCGGGCGUCGGCCUCGGGAUCUUCCUGCCGGAGACGCGGGGCAAGACGCUGGAGGAGAUUGAGAAGUUCUUCGCCCCCCGCAGGAGCGAGUCCUUCUCGGGGGAGACGCCCUUGAGCAAGACCCCCGAGCCCGAGCCUUAAACGGACGCUGGGUUACCGUAGGAACUCUUUUUCUAAUGAUUCGAAAGGUGGAAAAAGGAGAAAAACACACACACACCACACACACCACACACACACAACACACACACACACACACACACACACACACACACACACACACACACACACACACACACACACACACACACACGCAUCUUACAUCCAAUCACUCAUCCUCAAGCUCGGAAAAAAAGCUCGGUUAAAUCACUCAUUCAGAUCGACUGGUGAUCCACCCUCCGACGAACCGCUAGUUGGGACACUCAGUGGCUGUGAAUCACCAGUCGAACUACACACUAUAAUUCGAGUAUCUCUGUGCGUGUUUAUCCAGACGUGCGCUGCUGUGAAUUAAAAAAAAAAAAAACUACGCCGCCGAUUUUGCUCAAAGAAUUAUUCUAUAACCUCUUCGUCUCCGCGGAUUCGCCGAGACGGAGACGAAAAGAGAAAUGCGGGAAAAAUGGGAAAGAUGAAAAAAAAGCUCUCAAUGGAUCGGGCGACAGCGUCUGGAUUUGAGCCAUUCCACUAAACCCUAGUCCUUUCUGUUUAAGGUGUAGCUGUCGGAUUUGUGUUCGUGUAAAUAUAUAAAUAUAAAUAUAUAUUUUUUCGUC